AUGCCUGCAUCGUCUGUCGCCGCGCGCCUGCGGAAGGCGAUCGCGACGCGCGAUCGGAAACGCAAGGCUUCGUUCGAGCGGUGGGUCAAGAAGCCGUGGGUGAAAGCGGCGUGGGUGGCGAAGGCCAGGGAGGUGGUUCAGGAGCUCAAGUGGGAGGUGUCGAAGUACAUGGGAAAUGCUAAGGAGGCCAACAGGCGCGCCGACCUCGUCACGACUGUCCUUAACAAGAACAAAAGCGUGAUCAGCGCACUGCGGCCUCUGGAGAAGCUGCAGAAGCUGACCUCCCAGCGGAACCGCUUCUGUCGGACCGCCAGGCCCGCCGAGGUGGCGCGCUACUGGUGGUGCGCCACGAGCCCCAAGCAGCGCGGCUCCGACAGUCUGUUUUGGCUCGAGAACGGUUCGCGCCUCCUUGCAAUCCAGUCCGCGCCGCUGCCCGUGCUUCCACGGCCUAGCAUGGCGAGCGCCCCCGCCGCUAGCGUAGCCACGCUGGGCGAGGUCGCGUACGACGCCGUGGGCGACGCGAAGCUCACCUUCGAGGAGGCGCUCCCCAUGGUGAGCGGGUGCAAAAUGGAUUACCACCCCCAGAAAGCUAUCAAGAAGGACAGGCUGUCCAUUGCAGGCGACCUUACCAUCUUCGAUCUUCCCAUUAUUCCGAUCUCGCGGGGUAUCUCCACGAAGCUAGUGGCUUUUGCGGACGUGAUUUCGAGUUACGAGGGGGCUUUAAAUUUCGCGCAGAUACACGAAUUCUGCUGCCAGGGUCGGUACAAAGACUUGCAGGCUCCUCUGUCGUUCAAGCACGAGCCAGUCGUCCCGUACACCAUGCAGAUAUUCAUUACGCGUCAGAAGCCCGAGGCGCAUAAGAUCGACUACGGAAAUAACUGCAGGUUGGGUUCCGCUGCUUUCCAACUUAUGCUGAAGAAGCUGGAAGGGUUCCAGAUCAGGUACUUCACGCUGAAGCCGCAGAACGAGCGCAAGCAACCACUGGCGGAGGACGAGCGCGUCGCGGGCUACAAGUUCAUCCGCGAAAAAGGCCCGCGCUCCAACAACCGCAACCAGUUCAUGGAGUGGACGGACACGCAGGUGGAGACGGCGUUGAGGAACUACCAGAAGGGCAGGACCAACGCGAAGCCCAUCGCGCGCUGGACUUUGACCUUGGAGGAUGUCGCCCUUUGGUUCCUGAACAACGUGCUGAAGCACAUGAUAGGCAACCUCCACAUGCAUGGAAUCCUCUGGUGCGGCAAGUCCAGGGCCGGCAAGAGCAACUGCUCGAAGACGCUGGCUUUUCUGCACUCCGCCUUCAACGUCCAGAGGACGGGCUCUGACGCCGAGAUCGCCUUCCUGACGGUGAAGCACAUGGACUUCUUCAAGGCCGAGCCGACUACCGAGGUCUUGCCUGGCAUCUUCGACGACGGCCUCCUUCAGAAGCGCCCCGCGGACAUCUUGAAGUCGUUCCUCAAUCCGAAGGAAGAGGAUGCCUUGCUGUGGGCUCGGUGGGGCGGCUGUGCCUUUGAACAGAAGUCGUCCGGGCAGGCCGUAGCCAACCCCUACGACAGGGAGGCGGAGCGGGCGGCGCUGGCAGCCGCGACGCUGGCAGCGACCGUUGGCGCAUACCAAUCCGUUGCCCCGAAGAGCCGUGCUGCGUACAGCGACAAGAGUAAGGACCCUCCCCGCUUCAGCGCGGAGCGCUUCAAUGCUCAUUACAAGCAUCUGAAACUGUCGCACGGCAUAGUUUCCCACGAUGCCGAGCAGUGGGCCGUCGUCGACCGCGUGCGCGUCGUGCGCCCGAACGGGCGCACCGAGACGCUCCUUAAACAAAAAAGACACGCAGUGCUGCGAUGGCUUGUGGCCUGA